GAAUUGAGUUGGGCCAUGCCGCUGCUGAGACCGGCUGCGCUUGUGACACUGAUGAGAGGCGCGGGGAACGGCGGGCGGCGGGCGGGAAGCGGGGGCGUCCGCCGGUGCCGGGAUUCGCCGGGGGUUUUGCAGAUCCCUUCGCUUUUUUCAGCCCCCCAGGUACGACGGUGUUCGGCCCCCCCGCAGCCGGUGAUCGCCGCCAAGCAGCCGUUCCCGGUGGAGCUGAAGGCGGGGAAGAAGUACGCCUGGUGCGCCUGCGGGCACAGCAAGAACCAGCCUUUCUGCGACGGGGCCCACAAGAAAGCGGCCCCGGGGAUCUCCCCGCUGCGCUUCAUCCCGGAGGAGGACAAGACGGUCUGGCUGUGUGGGUGCAAGCGCACCCGCUCCCCCCCCUAUUGCGACGGCACCCACAAAGAAGAGGCCGUGCAGAGAGCCCAGCUCCCCACGCAACCCUGACACGGCUGCACCCCGCAGGGAUGGAGGUCACAGAGCCCACGGGAGCUCGGGACCACGGGGAUGUUGAGUCCUCUCUCAGGUUUGGGAGGAGAUGCUCAGCUCCCAUCCCAAUUAACCUUAAUUACUGAGCUCUGAGGGCUGCCACCAGCUGCAGCAAACCAGCCUCGCCCCACCACGGGGGCAGCGAUUUUGCCUUCUGCCCGGCUGGGACCCUGCCAGGGAUAACGAAGGCUUAGCAGUGGCUGCGGAAAAAAAUAAUCCACUGGAUAAUGGGACCUUCAGGAGUGGGUUUGCAUUGCCAGAGCUGUGGGUGCCCACCGGGAUGCGGGACGGAGGGAGCCGGGCGGAUGCAUCUGUACAGGCGGACGAAGGGAAUGACAGUCUGCAGCAUUUAUUACAUUUACAAAGCUGUAUAGUUAUACAAAUGUUUAACCAAUAACAAUAUAUGAAUAUCAGAAUAUAUUACAAGACAUUAAAACAUCGUACAGGAUGCAAA